AAAAUAAUAAAUAUACAACGAAAGUAAGAAAAGCUUGUAUAACAGAAACUUUUAGUUUUCCAAUAAAAAGCAAUAGCAGCCAAGUGAAACAGCAACAACAAAAGCAAAGAGUGCUGAAAAAAAUACAACAUGGGAAAAAAGAGCUCCAAGUUGAAACAGGAUACCAUCGAUCGCUUAACAACGGACACAUAUUUCACAGAAAAAGAAAUACGUCAAUGGCACAAAGGAUUUCUAAAAGACUGUCCCAAUGGACUUUUAACGGAGCAGGGCUUUAUAAAAAUCUACAAACAGUUUUUCCCACAAGGCGAUCCGAGUAAAUUUGCCUCGCUCGUCUUUCGGGUCUUCGAUGAAAACAAUGAUGGCUCCAUUGAGUUUGAGGAGUUUAUACGCGCCCUUUCCGUCACAUCGAAGGGAAAUCUGGACGAAAAACUGCAGUGGGCCUUCCGUCUUUACGACGUGGACAACGAUGGGUAUAUAACGCGAGAAGAGAUGUACAACAUUGUGGAUGCAAUCUACCAGAUGGUGGGCCAGCAGCCGCAGUCGGAGGAUGAGAACACGCCGCAGAAGCGUGUUGACAAGAUCUUCGAUCAGAUGGAUAAGAAUCAUGAUGGAAAAUUAACAUUAGAAGAAUUUCGUGAGGGUAGUAAAGCUGAUCCACGUAUAGUUCAGGCGUUAAGUUUAGGUGGUGGCUAAGCCAAUAACCGUGACCCACAAAAACAACCGAUUUCAACCAAACAACUAACAAAAAAAACGCAUUCAACCAACGUUAAGACCAAAACCAGAAAGCUAUAGCCGGAGGAGACUCGACUCUUCCUUUAUCUGAAAUUGCUUCUCCACAAUGUUUUUUCUACGCUUUUCUCGAUUGCCGAUUCACGAUUACCGACUACUGAUUCCUGUUUCCCGAUUCUCGAUACCGCGCGUCAAUCGAGACAUUGAAGAUGAUAAUAAUUUUUGUAU